AUGUUCACAAUAACAGACAGAGGGGCCGGCCAAGCGUAUAAAAGCGCGCAGAGAAAUGGCACAGAAGCAUCACGAUUUCACCUUCUCAGUAUCAAUUUCGAACCCUUAUUCGCUCCUGCUACCUUGCUGCUUUUCACGACAAUGUCGUCUUCUCCUAAAGUCAAAGUCGGUUUUGUUGGGUUAUCUUCCGUUGCAGGAUGGGCAUCUGAUGCCGUGGCCCCCUCGCUCUUGGCCCCCUCCGUCCGUGAGAAAUACGACAUCGUUGCCGUGUCUACAACAUCGGAAGCAACAGCAAAAGCGUCUGCCGAAAAAUACUCCAAAUCAGUUGGCCAUUCUCUCAAGACGUAUUACGGUGAUGCGUCGCAAAUCGCAUCCGAUCCUGAUGUAGAUUUGGUUGCGAUUACGGUGAAAGCACCCUAUCAUAAGGAGAUUGCGUUAAAGGCCAUUGAGGCCAAGAAGGACUUCUUUAUUGAGUGGCCGGCUGGUACUUCGACAAAGGAGACAGAAGAGAUUGCAGAGGCCGCCCGUCAACAAGGUGUGCGCUCCCUUGUUGGCCUACAAGGACGACACUCUGCAGUUAUCGACAGGGUAAAGGAGAUACUCGCCUCAGGCGUCAUUGGGAAUGUCAGGUCGACGAGUGUUCUUGCUCAUAUUCCGAGAGACGCCAACGUCCAUGCCCCAAACAGUAAAGAGAGUAACACUUACAUUUUGGAGAAGAAAAAUGGGGUAAACAUCUUAACAAUUGCCAUCGCACAUCAGCUCGAUACUCUCCAGCACGUCCUUGGCGAGUUUGCCAGCCUGACAGCAACAGAGGCCAAAUUUUAUCCAACUAUAACGAUUGUCACAGACGACGGUAAACCGACGGGAAAGACCUUCGAAGCACAAUGCGAAGACCACUUCUCUAUCACCGGAUUCCUCAAAACGGGAGUUUUUGCUAAUGUUUUCUGGCGCACAGGAUAUGCGUUGAAAGAAGGCCGUCACCAGUUUGUUUGGGAGAUCGAUGGCGAAGAGGGCAGUAUCAAGCUGCAAUCAGAUUUCUUGCUGGGUGCAUAUCCCAGCAUCUUCGAGCCCGAACUUUUCCUUAACGGCGAGAAGGUGGAAUCGGAGACGAAGGGAUUUGGUGCAAUAGUGGCCAUUGGGGCAGCUUGGACUCAAUUUGCAGACAAGAGUAAGGCAGGCACAUAUGCGACAAUUGACGACGCGGUCAAGCAUCAUCGCCUGAUCGAUGCCAUAGCAUUGAGUGCGAAGGAGGGAAAGCGAGUUACACUGUGA